AUAGGGAAUUUUAUGUAUUUUGAAGAUGGAACUGUGAAUUGACUUUGCCGCGAGGUGAGCCACGUUCGAAAAACGAUUGGUUCAUCAAUGUUUGAGACCAAUCUGAUUGGUACAAUCAGAAACGCGUACUUUCGGUCUUGCUCGAGGCCGAACGCGAUUGUUGACAUUUAAUACAAAUACAUUUUUGACGUACACUUGACAUGCUCUGUAAAUGAGGAACGUGUUUACUCACGAAUAUUUUCUAUUCUACAUGCUGUGUUCGAAUUGAAUCACUUUCCUCUCGAAAAAUGGCGGAAUUCGUGGAGAAACGGUGCCAGGAAAUGAUCCCCGUGUUGGAGCAGAUGGAGAAGCUCAAGCUCUUUGAUGGAAAUGAGAUUCAGAACAUUGCUGAAAAAUUCAAGGAAUACGAAUACAAAAUUCAACGAUAUACAAAGUGUAAGGAGGAUUAUCUUCGAUAUAUACAGUAUGAAAUGGAUUUGCUGAAGUUGAUCAAGCAACGAAAGGAUAAAUAUGGUAUUACUCAGAAAAAAACAGACAUUGAUUUUGCCAUAGUUAAUAAGAUGAAUAACUUAUACAAAGAAGCAAUAUCUAAAUUUCAAGAUGAUAUUAGGUUUUGGAUUGCCUAUAUGAAAUUCUGUAAGCAUAUGCAUUUUCAUAGCAAUGUCACCGAUAUGUUAAGCAGGAUGCUGCAGGUGCACAGAGAUAAGCCGAAAUGUUGGCAUAUAGCAGCAUGCUGGGAAUUAGAAGAGAAUAAUAAUAAACAGAGUGCACGACAAUAUCUCUUUAGAGGCUUAAAAAUUCAUCCUAAUUCUCAAUUACUUUACAUUGAUGCCUUCAAACUUGAACUAAAUGAUCACUUAACCAUAACUUCUAAUAAUUUUAAUGAUACUGAGAGCCAUAGAGACAACUCUGCAUCAGCAGUGAUGAACGACAGCGAGAUGCCAGUUGCAUUGGAAGCAGCAUAUUUUAUAUAUCGACAGGCUUUUGAAUAUAUCAAGGAUAUUAAGUUUAUCAUAGAGUUGCUCAAUAUCACAAAGAAAUAUAAAGAUACCGACAGACUGCAGAAAAAAAUCAUUUGUGAUAUGAUUCAGGAGUAUACUCACGAAUCCUUAAUAUUGGAGUGUACUCACGAACCCUUAAUAUGGGACAUCAUGGCGCGUCGUAAAUUGCAAGGAUUGGUACAGCCAGGUCUCAGUGACAUCCCGAUGGAAGUGGAGAAUGUCAAGCAAACUUCAUUAAAAGAUCGCAUCGCAUCUUGUAACGAAAUCUACCAAAUGGCUUUGAAAAAAAUCAAAACUGAAGAGAUGUGGUCGCUUUAUAUAGAUUGCUUAUUGGAGAUCAACAAUCAUUUAGAAUCAUUGCCGAAUUUCAAAAAACUCUUGAAGACUGCUUUGAUACAGGCUCAUCAAGCGAAAAAAUUAAAUGAGAAAUAUUACUUAUCUUGGAUCGAUUUGUUGAAUGUCGACAAGGAAAACGACGAGAGUACGCUGAAAGAAGCGACCGAUAUUUGGCAUAUGCGGCUCAAUUAUUUGUUACGAUGUGGCCAGGAGAAAAAAGCGUACGCUUUAUAUCCGAAGUUGACGCAAUUACUGGGGGAAAAAGCGUUACCCUUGUGGAAACUGCGGAUCUUGCAUGCCCAGAUAAGAAGUUCGGACGAAGUCGAAGAAAGCUUCCAAGCAGCUCUAAAAUAUCCGCUGAUCGCUAAAGAUAUUAAGUUUGAAUGGCUAGAAUGGCUUGUCUUAACGAAAGGCAUUGAUGUGGCUCGCGAAACGUACAGUCUCUGCCUGCAACCACCUACCACAUUAGAAUUCUACAAAAAGAUAGUCAUGCUGGAACUCGUACAACCGGAGAUUUCACUGGAAUAUAUGCGACAACUUUAUGACAUGGCGAUUCCGCAGUUUGGGACUAACAAUACAUCUGUCUGGUUAGAUUAUAUGAAGUUCGAGAUGAAGCACGGAGACCCGAAGAAUGUCAAUAGCAUUCAUGAACGUGCAGUCAAAAUGUUAGAUCCAAGCUUGGUAAAUUCUUUCAUAGAGGAUUAUAAUCUAAUUGUAGCGAAACCUGAUGCUAUACAAUGAUAUCGAUCAUAAGCAGCAAUUGGGUAUUGUGUAUAUGCUGAUUUAUUUGUAAUUAAUAGAGUUUUGAUAAAUGUUUAGAAUAUACAUUUCAAAUAUUUCGAUGACAGUAUGUUCAUUCAACAUUUUAUGUUUAAUAUUUUACUAAUUUUGAAAGGAACAACAAAAUACACUUGAAUUAAGGCACGUUUUGUCGACUAUGCAAAGAAAUAAUUUUCUGCAAAACAAGCAGUGUUUGCAUGACUUAUGAUUUUUUAUAUUAUUUGAAUAUCAAAAGAUAUUGAAUGAAUGUAUUUUCAAGAUCUAAAAUUAGACGUUCUAAAAAUUUAUAUAAAUUUACAGAAUGAUAUAAUGCAAUACACCGAAUGACUGCGAAAAUAUAUAAUGAAGAUUUAAAAUGA